AUGGAGGAUGACGACCGCACAAUGCAGGGGGCGUCUGACGAUAAGGUCGAGCCCUCAACCGUUUCCGCGCCGGUUGUCGGCUUCACCAUGACGCGGGCGCAGUACGACUCCGUCAUGCUGGCCGCCCUGCGGGCAGAGACUGACGCCCUGUUCAGGAAGAUCGAUGCGGAGGCACACACAGAGGCGAUGCAGGCGAUCAUGGACGGGAAUGUUGCUGCCUACGUCGCCAGCUCCGCGCCGGCCACACCGUUCACACGGUUCUUGCCCGGUCGCAACGACCACAAGACCAGCUCAUCCAUGUCGAUCGUGGACCUCAUCUCGACCUAUGACGUUCAUACGACAGACUCCGGAGAGGAAGAGUAG